AUGGAACUGCAGCUGUGCGUGUCACCCAAGAGUCCGACCAAAACCAGGCCUCGUCGCACCGGGUCCAGGUCCAGGACUGCAGAAGCCUGUCUGGAAUCAGGGCUCAGAGGGUUCUUGUUAAAGCUGGGAGGAAGUCAGGAUUAUUCUGGACCUAACGACUGCGACGAGCUCCAGGAUGGAUCGGGACCUCGACGAGCACACGGCCUCAGAGCAAAGAGUCGAUAUGUGGAGGUUUGGGCCGAGGGCAUCAGGACUCCAGGAGACACCAUCAGCUCGUUGCCAUGGAAGCGAGGGUUCUCCAAGGGGCUUCUUCUUGCGAGCUCGUUCAGACGUUUGGGCGAGGAUGGCGAGCAGCAGAGGACGGUGGCGUGGGGGACAGUGGGGGCAGUGUUGGGGGGGGGUUGGGCUUAG